AUGAAAGACUGCAUCCGGCCUGCAGAAACUGACAGAGCUGGUGCAUCAGCUGAGGUCUCGCUCCGUGAGAUUGUGAGACGUCUACAGGACACAUGGGGGGCUACUUACGUUGGUGAAGCUAUAAUUUGGCGAAUGUGGGCAAAUGAAGUGACUCGGACGCUCGAUCGCUCCACAUGGGAUGAUGCAAUACGAGCUCCACCGCCUUCACGCAUUUUGAAGCUCCUCCGAGCAAGUGAUUCUCGGAUGCAGGAGCAUCUCAAUAGUAUCAACCAAUCAACACACAUGGCGCUCGACUGUGUGAACGCAUCCAUUGCCGAGGCUGUUCGCCUUCGCAAUGACUGGGAUGCAUAUGGGCGACGUUUGGAAUGCUUCGAAAUAAGCCUUCAGACACGCAAGGCUCAGAUCGAGUCGUUCCUCCACCACAUCGACCUUCCCCAUCCAGACGAACUGGCCGAUCCGUUGGAGAACAUGGAAAAUGUUGAAGACAUCGAGCACCAAUAG